AUGGCCUUGAAGAGUCCCGUGAUGGCUUCACCCUCAACCGCCAGUCUGGCGUCCGCAUUCAGCCCAUAUAGCGCUUCAGAGUCACCAAAAUCGCCUUCGCAAUUUGGAUCGCCGUAUUCCAACACCACGGCCAAUGCGAGCAACCGAAACUCGAUUCCUCCCGACAGCUUGGCCCCACCAAAGAGCCCUUACCCACAGCAAAUUGAACCUUCGCCAGUCGAUUCGAAUGGGACAGCAAGCACAGAGAUCGAGGACGACGAACAAGAGGAGGAAAACCGACGGCGCGGCACGGACGUUGACGAGGCACUGUCGCCCGACAUAGAGAUCACCAGUCCGGGGAGUGCGAGGAGCGUGAGUGCUGCGCAAAGAGAUCAAGAUGAUACUUGUGCUGACCCACAACAGGAGGCCCCGCCUCGGUUGGAUACCCAGCUCCUUCGGACGAGGUCCGAUUCCACAGAGGACGCGCCACAAUCAGUCAUUCAUGUCCCAGAAGGGUUCAAAAGCUUUGACAAGGCAGCACGAGGACCUUCUCGAGAGAAGCGGUUCAACAAUGCCGCUGGAGCCUCUCCGGUCACGCCCGAGGCUGCUGUUCCAAGUCAAGAUCUGAAAAAUCCGUUUCCUCUCAGUCCUGUCAUCACCGAUAUUCCACGAGUCAUGGAGCGAGCUACACCACGAGCACAGUCCAGACAGGAAUCAGAAGACGAGUACAAGCGCAAGAGUCGUCGCACCUCGAGUCUAGAAGGUGAGCAAACUUUAGCAAGACACAAAUUGAGUCCCACUAAUCAGAUCUCAGACAUUCCCGAGGCUGCAGACAAAGACGCCGACGAUUCGAAUCGCCAGAAGAGUAAACCCGCAAGCCCCGAAACGGCCGGUCUCGUGGAAGACGGCGUACUGAGCAAGGCCAUUCGCCAGAUAGAUCAAGCUGAAACCGACAUCUCUGCACUGCGGACUGCCUUGAGUGAAUGUUGGACUUUGUGCAACACCCUCGCCGGCCUAUCUUCUUCUCACCGACAACGAACCUUCAAGUUCACAGGCAGGGCCGAAGUACAGGAGCAGGCCUGGCGGAAUUGCUGGCGCCUCUGUCAACAAUUAUACGAAAAACGCGAUGAGGACCAUGCUAGUCAAGUAAUCCCCACCAUGGAACUAUGUCGCGACUUCUGCCAGGCAUUAUUCGAGGCAAGGCAAAAAACCGACGAGGCGUCUGACUCCGUCCUACGCGUGAGCUUCGAGCUCAACAAUCACCUCUACAACACACAUGAUCGAAGUCUUCCAGAUGCGUUCAACGAGCGAACACUUGAAUUCUACAUCACGCUUUGCCAUCGAUUGAUGAAGCAACGGACAUCGCUCCCUCAGGAGACGGACUCGUUGCUGCGAGCGUGUUGGUCACUCGCAGAGAUGCUUUUCAACCUUCGACAAAGCAAGCACGAAGGACGAGCCGAUGACGAGGAAUUGAUUGGUUCAGCUGUACAAGCCUGCUGGGACUUGUGUGAUCUUUUCCGCGAAGGCUGGUCGCAGGUUCGUCCUGAUAGAGGAACGCCACGCGCCGGUCAAACGAGCUUUGCGUCCUCUGCGCCAUUCCGGUCGGGCUCCGGACAAUCCAUGCGAUCGAUCGCGCGGUCGACUUCGAGCGCAUUGAGUAUGAGCAAGAAAGCCUAUGACAUCGGGGCAUUCCCUCCAGAGACCCCAAUUACUGUAUUCGAUGACACCACCUCCACCGCCGCAUCCUCGCCCGACUCGGCCACGAUGCCGAACAUUCUCGUGUUAGGUCCAUCGAGUACCUCGGGUGGAUCCAUCCGUGGGGGCAUAUCUCACCACGACCGAUGGUCAAGCGAUGCAUCCGUACUCAGCGAUUACUCCGAAUCCGUGGCCUCCCAAUCCGUAGCCUCAUCACAACAUUCCUCUUCGACGGCAACCGCUGCUGCGGAGGAGACGCAUCUCCUCCGACUCCGAUGCCUGCUCCUGCGCGCCGCUAUGCAAAUUGGCUACGCCAGGGCAUCGGGUCAACCUCUCCAGGCCUUCGUACAAACACUCCCGAGCACAGCCUUUGGCACAGCGCCUUGGCACAUCAAAGUCUUUGGGUACUACAAAAACCUGAUUCAGAGCGACAAGUCCAUGGCUGCAGCACACAUGAUGCCUUCACGACGCCUCAGCGCCAACGAGGCCGCGAAAGCGGUGCGAUGGCUCGGCAACAACGACCAGUGGGCUUGGAUGCGCGAUCUCUUCCGGAUCGUGUUCGGGUUCGGCAUCGAUGAGGCCAACGACCGUGAAGCGCAGUUCCUUGUCUGA